AUGUUUUACAGGAACAUGCUCCAGCAAGGGGGGUCGGCAGUAGAUGGCGCCAUUGCAGCUCUUCUGUGCACAUCCCUGGUCAAUCCUCAGAGCAUGGGCAUCGGAGGAGGCUCCAUAGUAACCAUCAGGAAUAAAACAGGCAGCGUCAAAGUCUACAACUUCAGGGAGACGGUUCCACGUUCGUUCAAGCCCAACCUGUUAGGCGACUGCCCCUCUACGUUCAGGUUCUCCAAAGGCAGCCAGUGGAUCGGCGUUCCUGGAGAGCUGCGGGGCUACGAGGAACUUCACAAACAGUACGGGAAGCUGCCCUGGGCCAAGCUGUUCGAGCCAACUAUCCGACUGGCCAGGGAGGGCUUCCCUGUGCCAGCCUUUCUGGGAAGAGCCCUGUCCUUCGACAUGGUGAAAGCACACGUGGAAAAGUCAGCCCUCUGUGAAAUUUUUUGCAACAAGAACAAAACCGUUCUGAGCGCAGGAGACGUCCUGAAGUUUCCUCAACUUGCAGAAACCAUGGAAACCAUUGCAAAGCAAGGGGCACAAGCCUUCUACACUGGCAAGAUAGGACACGACUUAAUCCAAGACAUAAAAGCUGCAGGUGGGACGUUGACAAUGGAGGACCUGAAGUCCUUCCAGGUGAAGGUUAGCGAUGCCUGGGUGGUUCCUCUGGGAGACGCUCAGAUGUACAUCCCUCCGCCUCCCUCAGGGGGCCCGCUGCUCGCCUUCAUCCUCAGAAUCAUGAAAGAGUUCUCGUUGACUCCACAGUCUCUGGUUGGCGACAAGAAGAUUCAGACGUACCAUCAUUAUGUAGAGGCAGCUAAAUUUGCUAACGGACAAAAGAGGAACAUUCAUGACCCUGACUUUGAUAACAAGAAGAGCGCAGAUCACUUGAUUGAUCCGUCGUUCAUUAAUCAAAUCAAGAAGAUGAUUUCUUCAGACCGCACCCAUAACAUCUCCUACUACGACAACGUCAGGCCUUCUCAGGAUCACUUCGGGACGACUCACGUGUCCGUCCUGGAUGAAGACGGUCUGGUUGUUUCUGCCACCAGCACCAUCAACCAACUGUUUGGAGGAGCCGUUUACUCCUCAAGGACGGGCAUCAUCCUCAACAACGAGCUGGCUGACUUUUGCAAUAGGGCGACCACAGUGAGGGCAGGGGAACAGCCACCCUCCUCGAUGGCUCCGGUCAUACUCGAGACAAAGUCUGGAGGGGUCCUUGCGAUUGGUGGAUCGGGAGGAAGCAUGAUUACCGCAGGAGUGGCCUUGUCUAUUAUAAAUCGCCUGUGGCUCGGGAUGAACUUGAAAGACGCCAUCGCUGCUCCUAUAGUGUUCGUUGACUCCAAGAACAAUGUGUAUUUGGAAGAUCAUUUUGACAAGUGUGUGGUCGAUGGCCUCAAAGGUCUUGGACACGACGUUGGGAACUGGAAAUACUUUUUCAAUGUUGUCAACGCUGUGGAAAAGGAGAACAGCUGCAUUACGGCCGUAUCAGACAGCAGGAAGUUUGGGAUGUCAGCUGGAUACUGACCAUGAGGAGACGUAAGCUUUGCACUGAAAAUUUGCCCUCAAGACCCACUGAACCUUCAGCCUUAAAAACAGCGAAUGUGAUGAAGCUCUUACAACAGAACUGUGCAGCUGGUGCUCUGGAUCUUUCCAAAUGAAAACAGAGACGACUAAACUUAACAGGAUAAUUCCAUUUUUUUUCUAACUUGGGUUCCACUUUUUUAAAAAAGUUUUGGCCAUCAUUUCCAUAACAAGCUAACAGCACACUUACCAAAGCAGCUGCUGGGAUCGUAACAGCAGAAAGAAGUCAAAUUGGGCAAGAAACUUGAGUUCUAAUCCAAACAGAGUAAACCACUUUACUGGGAGAUGCUGUGCAAGGUGGACACGUCAAAACGAACAGCUGGUGGAGCCAAUUCUCCAGUCAAGUGCCAUAACAAAAGAAGACAGUGCAAUAAAGACUAUGAUUCGAUCUCCACCCUCGCAGAUAAGCGAUGAACCCUCACCGACUUCACUGUCACCUGGUGAACGAUUGCAAGAGAUUUCAAGGACUCGAAAUGUUGUAAACAACAACAAGACGGCGCGUUCAAGGCACUUAGAGAAAAAAAAACAUGUUUGAAAUUCAUCAUUGUGCCAUCAAAGGACAAACAACCACACACAGCUGUAGCUGAGAAUCACCAAUGUGUUUAGAAUCGCAUGUAAACUUCGUGGUUGCUCCGUCCACGCUUGUUUGAAUAACUUUUUUUAAUGCUUCCCCUUGUAGCCGCUGCUAAUUCUUCCAGGCAAAUUCGACAGAAAUUCAGACUUACACUGCGGCUCACAGAGAGAGCCCUCAUGCCCUUGACAUUUUCACAGCGGAUCAGCCGUAAGAACUCAUGCAUUUAGCGGGAACGAGCCUCAAAGUCUGCAAGUCUGUGAGUGCUUUUAUUAACUUUUCCACCUCGGUCAAGUGUUGGAGGUGUUUCUCUUGUUGCGGCCUUUUCUGGCACGUUCCCGUUUUUUUAUUUGAACAUUGACGACACUGAGAAAAACAUUUAAUACGUUACGAUGCAAUGAACAGCAUGCACGUACAACAAGAUGAAGCAGGUUUGGAUAAAUCAAUAUCAAGAAGUUAGUGCACCACAGCUUACUGCUGUUGGCUAAUGAGUAGGACAGUUUUCCGUUGGCCUUUGGAACCUAAUUUGGCAGAAAAAAAACAAACACACACAAUGUUACUCGUUUUAUUGCAAGUUUUCAUCACUCUGACUUUGUCCACUUGUCACUACAAUCGAAAUCUCUGGAAAAAGCAAGUAAGACGUCCACGGCUUAGAUUAUUUUGUCACACUUUAAGUAAAUUAGGUCUGCAAGGUGGAGCGGUGGCUAGCACCGUUGCCUCGCAGCAAGAAGGUCGCCGGUUCGCGUCCCAGUGAGGAC